UUCCUGACCUCUGAUUCGUUGCGAGCAAUCACAGCCCGCUGUUUAAUGGUAUCAGCAGUUGGUUUAGUCUUUGGUUACCAGUUUGGAAAGAACAGCACCGUCAGGAUGGCCAGCAUUAACAUAAUCGUAGUGAUAACACUAUCACUGUCUGGAUUUAUAAGUGGAGCCGACAUUAUUAUUCCAAAAUCACCCCCAGAGCCAUGGCAAACGGCUUUGAUGGCAAGAUAUAUCAUGCACUCAUCAGACUGGGUGUCGAUAGCUAGUAUUUCCACUCAAAAGGACAUCAUAGGAUACCCAUUUGUGAGCUUGAAGUCAUUAAGUGAUGGUCCUAAAACUAACUCCACUGGUAUUCCUUACCUCUACAUGACUGAUAUGGAUGUUUCGGGCCACGACCUUGAGGUGGAUAGCAGAGUGACUAUAAUGGCGACUUUGGCCCAGUCAGACUACUGCCGUACUCAACAAUAUGACCCACAGGACCCGAGAUGUGCCAAGGUUAUUAUAACUGGCAAGUAUAUAAAGGUAGAUAAAAAAACAUCAGAGUAUACGUUUGGUCAAACCAGUUUGUUUGACAGACAUCCCGCGAUGAAGACCUGGCCGACAGGUCAUGAAUUUUUUGUGGCAAAAGUAGAUCCUGUGCAAAUAGAUGUUUUAGACUACUUUGGGGGUAUAAAACACGUGAGUAAAGAAGACUACUUCAAUGCAAACAUCACGGUUAUCAUUAAUGCUGAUGUGGAAUUCGCAAGAGUAUCCGUUAUCGAAAUAAUAAAUUAACCAUCAAAUUAAGUAUAAUGUGUUAAAUUAGGGAUAAGUGCAGUUAUUUCUUAAUGUUGUUUUUUAAAUUAUUGUUAACAAGGUCGAUAAAAUAAAAAAUACUCAAGGCGACAUAAAUAA